CUGUGGUAUUGGUAAAGGUUAUGAUUAUAAAAGAAUUACAAUAUACCAAAUGGCAAUAUUACGGAAUAAAUUAUUACCAUCAAAGAAAAACAAUGUUAUGUACUUAAUCUUUUUUCUGUAGUGUUUAUUGUUGUGAUAUUAUAUAAAAAUUUCUAAUAAAAAAUUUGCCAUUUUAGUUGAUAAAACUCUCACCUCAAGCACUGAAGAUUCAGUGCUUGCGUAGUAUUUUAUAAUUCCGCGAGUGAGAAAAAAUAUUUUUUGGGUGGAUUUUGAGGUUAGACUGUCAAUGUGUCUGUCAGUGUCAGAAUGAUAAAAUCUGUUUCAAAAAUGAGACAACAAUUUUGUAUUUGAAACAAAAAUUAUUUCAUCAGUUGUCUUUAUUGAAUGAUUAUAGAUAAAUGUCAAUUAACAACUACGGACAAGAGAGAUAGAAAUUGAGGAUCCAAAGAGAGGUCACGAAUGAAAAAUGGACAUAACAACAUUGUUCAAGGCAUGUGUGAAAACGGUUCGCAUGCGUAACAAGGCGUUUGGCACAGAUCUAUAUCCAGCCAAUGACUCAUUUGAUAAGAAUCGGAUUUUGAGGAAUACUAACAAUGAAUUCCUGGUACGAGCUAAGGAUGUUUUGGGUCAGAUAAGUCGGCUUCAAGAAUUUCUGAAAGAACACCGAAAAGCCUAUUUGAAUUUUGGUGGUCAUCUCUCUGACUUGCCGUCCAUGACUGACAUAGAAAGGGACAAAAUCGAUACUGGUGCUCAAAGGAUCAUGAAGACUUGCUCGAAUCUGAUUUUAGAUUUUAAACGUAAGUCGGCCAUGCAAGACGGUCCACCGCAGUUACUUGAGCAUCAGGAUGCGGCUCUACAACUGAUUGAAGAUUUCUUGAAAGAUGUGUGUAAGAACUAUUCUGAAAUGAAAGCUAUUCGCAUAAAAAGAACUCUUGAGACUCAGAAAAUGUCGAAACUUUCAUGUGCAGAAAUCCCGAUCACACCAGGUAGCACCAACAACGUCAGGAGUCCCAGCUCGGAGAGUAUCAGUACCAUUGACGACUCAAGGGAAUCAACCAGUGAGAUUGCUUCACCUUCAACAGCGACUAAGCGAUCAUCGAUCUACUUAUCUGAUUCUGGCAGUGAUCUCAAUUUGCAAGACGAUCAGUUGUCUGCUGAGGAACUGCAAAUAUUUGAAAAUGAGAAUGAACAGCUUUACAAUGAUUUGAAUAGCUUGAAUGAGGAGGUGCGGCAGAUAGAAAGCAAAGUUGUGAAGAUUGCCGAACUUCAAGAGAUCUUCACUGAGAAGGUUCUGGAACAGGAACGGGACAUUGAGCGUAUUGGAACGACAUUGGUAGGCACGACCGAGAACCUCAAAGAUGCCAACACGCACAUUCGAAAGGCAAUUGAAAGCAGUGCUAGUCUAAGGUUCUAUGUUCUUUUCUUCUUGUUAGUUCUGUCCUUCACUCUUCUAUUCUUAGAUUGGUACAAUCCAUAAUUCAAUAAAAAUACUUUAAGAACGAGA